UUGAAUGAGGGAGAAAUGGCGAUGGUUGCUUCUCCGUGCGGUGCGGAUGCGAGCAGCACCAAGCGCGCCAGGGAGGCUGAGAAACGAAGGCGCAGAAGGAUGCGGAAGAAGGAAAACCCUGCUGCGCCUCGUGAUUCUGGCGGCGAGAGCAAGGUGAAUGCCGGAAGCGCGGAGAUCGAGUACGUUCCAGACAAAUCUCCUCUCGACGGCGAUGGAUUGGUCGAGUUCCAGCGGAUUUUUGACAAGUUCUCGGGCCUGGAAUCGUCGAAAAAGAAGCCUAAGGAAGCCGUGAAGACGGAGAAAAUGCAAAUGAGCUCGUCCGAAGACGAAGAUGACAAGCCCGACGUGAGAGUGAAAGAGGUGGUGCUGUCCAACAAGAAGAAAAAGGUGGACAAGAAGUUUUUGUUUGAUCACUGCAAUUUCCGUGCCUGUCUUCUUUCCUUUCUUCAGAUGAAACGAAGAAUGACGGUUGCAGAUCUUAAGGACUACUGUGGCAAACCGGAUGUUGUCGAGGUGUGGGACGCUACAGCUGCGGAUCCCCGGCUUCUCGUUUUUUUGAAGGCUUAUCGCAACACCGUGCCUGUACCGAGGCAUUGGUGUCAAAAGCGGAAAUUUCUACAGGGAAAGCGUGGUGUCGAAAAGUUGCCAUUUCAUUUACCGGAGUUCAUAGCUUCGACGGGAAUUCAAAAAAUCAGACAGGCCUACAUUGACAAGGAAAAUACAAAAAAGUCGAAACAAGUUCAAAGAUCUCGCAUGCAACCAAAAGUGGGAAAAAUGAGCAUCGAUUAUCAGAUCCUGCAUGACGCAUUUUUCAAGUACCAAACUAAACCCAAGCUGACAUCCCUCGGGGAUUUGUAUCACGAAGGAAAAGAAUUCGAGAUAAAACUAAGAAACAUGAGACCCGGGUAUCUCUCUCGUGAGUUGCGGAGUGCACUUGGCAUGGACGACGGUGCUCCACCUCCAUGGCUUUUCAACAUGCAGAGAUACGGGCCACCGCCUUCUUAUCCUCAGCUGAGGAUUCCUGGAUUGAACGCACCUAUUCCCGUCGGUGCGUCCUUCGGUUAUCAUCCUGGAGGCUGGGGUAGGGCUCCUGUCGACGAGUAUGGAAGGCCUCUAUAUGGAGAUUUAUUCGGUGCACAACGGCAGGAACUAGUGCAUUACGAGGAGGAGCCUGUCGAUCGCUUUAAUCACUGGGGUGAGUUGGAAGAUGAGGACGAAGAAGAAGAAGAGGGACCGGAAGAAGAGCAACGGGAAGAGGUGGAGGCCGCUCCUGUUGAAGAAGCAAGCGUUGCAUCUUUGGAGACUCCAGCCGGUGAUGAAACUCCCAACGCGAUCAACCUUCGAAAGUCAAAACGUAGUGAACCAGAUAUCAGGCUAUAUCAGGUUUUAGAGGAAAAGAAAGAAAGUGCUCGAGCAGGAAUCCUUCUGGGAAAUACCCAUACGUAUGCCCUGCCUUCGGUGGAAAAGCCUGGUGUCAAGAAGGUGGAUUUGCUGAAGAGUCAAAGAACCGGCAACGUGGACAUCACUCUACUGCCCGAGGAACUCGAAAAACUGGAUGAAACUGCCCUGGCUGCAAGGUUUGAGGAGGCCAGAAAAGAGAAGCAGCAGGAAACCGUAACGGAAGACUUCAGCGACAUGGUUGCGUCGGCCGAAAAGAAACGAAAGCGCAAAGCCGAGAAAGAUUCUCGCGCAAAGAAAGUCGACUUCAAGUUUUGAUGGAAAGAAAGCUCGCUCAUUUUCUUGGCAGCUGCAUUGAAAGUCUAUGAGAUUAAUUCACGGUUUAGCUGGAAA